AUGUACGACAUCGCAUACCAGUACAGCAAGAAGGUCCUGGGGAGGUUUUCUCAGGGCCCACACCUCAGCUGGCCUGAGGCGGCCGACAUAAUUUGGGGAAUUGGCCUGUUCCACAUCCACAGCCACCAGCACGACUGUUUACCAAAGUACUCGCCUUCAUUCAUUCCUGGCGCUGGGCAGGUAGACAGCGAGAUCAUUGAGACGUUAUGGGCCCCGCUUAAUCGCAUACCAGGCAGUACGCGCGCCAUGGCAACAUCUCAUAGGAAAGAGGUCAUUGAUGACCAUAUGAAUGACACCAAUUGGCGAAAGACAAUCAGCAUGGUGAAGAUGCUGUCUCAGAGGUUCAUCCAGACUGAGAAGCAACAGGAGCUGUGCCAAGAGCUGCUACAGGAACUCAAGGAGUCUAGCGACACAGAACUGUUGGCCAAAUGGAAGGAGCUUGAAAUGAGAGCACGGAUGGAGAGAGGACAAGAUCUGUUGGUCAUGGAGUCCUAUGAGGUCACCCAAGAGAAAGCCCCUAGUAAGAAGCAGAUGCAGCUUCUGCUUGAACAAGAGGAGGGCAAACAGAAGGACAGCCCCGGAUCUACGUCGUGGCUGGCGGAGGGAAUCUUGAUUCAGGAGCAACAGCUUGCCAUAAGAGUGCUGGCACGAAAGCUGAAGAAGCAGGCCUUACUGCCGGACAGACUCCAGCUUGUGGAGAAGGACAACAAAUUGAAGCAAGCAGUGGAUCGCUUUUCGAGCAAAGCAGCUGGCUACUGGAAGUGUGCUGACGAUGAGGAGGCAGACAAUGAAGUGGCCCGACGCCCUGGGGUCUACACUGGAGAGGAAUGGGAGGAUCUUGAAGAGGAACCUGAUUUGGGCAAGGACCACAUAGUGAUGGAUGAACCUGAAGAUGAGAUAUUGCCAGAGUCCAUCUCACUUCCACUGCCAUCAACAUUGGGGAAGGUGAGGUUGGAAGAGCUGGGGAAGGUCAAGAUGGAUUGUCGGGAGCUCUGCCUGUGGGAGGGUCAGGCAAACGAUGCCCUCCACUGA